AUGGACCGUGAUAGAGUCUCUAGUUCCAUUAACUCUCCUCCAUAUUUUGAUGGAAAAGAUUACUCUCAAUGGAAAGUAAUGAUGAUGGCUUUCCUGCAAUCUCAAGAGGAUAAGUUAUGGAACAUUAUAGAGAAGGGUUGGAUAGAACCAACUAAAAAGGAAACUGAAACUUCAAAUCCUAUUCCUAAACCAAGAGGUGAGUGGACUGUUGCUGAGCAAUCUGAUCACAAAUGUGAUACUAAAGCUCGCUAUAGCCUUUUCGCUGCCUUGUCGGAUAAGGAAAGAAAAAGAAUUACAAAUUGUCCAACUGCUAAAGCUUCUUGGGAAUUACUUCAAACCACUCAUGAGGGUAACAAAAAGGUGAAGGCACAAAAACUUCAAAGCCUUGUGCUUGAAUUUGAAGAAAUGACUAUGAGAGAGGAUGAAUCUGUUGAUGACUUCCAUAGUCGCCUCAUCAAUGUUACCAAUCAAUGUCAUGGGUUGGGUGAUCCUAUUUUAGAGCAUAGAAUUGUGAAAAAGUUUCUUCGUGCUCUUCCUCCUAGUUUUGAGGCUAAGCAAAUUGCCAUUGAGGAAGCUCAAGAUCUUGAUUCAUACUCAUUAGAUGAGCUUGUGGGAAAUUUGAAAACCUUUGAGUCAAAAAGGAGAAAGGGUCAGAAAGAAAAAUCAAUUGCUUUAAGCACUUUGAAAAAAGAAGAAGACCCUUCUGAUUUUAAUCUAGAAGAAUUUGCUCUUCUCACAAAACAGUUCAAAAAAUUUCUUAAAUUAGGAAGGUCACCCUCUUCUAGCUUUAGAAAUUUUUCUGGUUCUACUUCUUCCAAAAGAAAUCAAAAUGAUGAUGUUUCAAAUGACAAAUACUCAAAGUCCUCAAAGUUUUUUCAAAAGAAGUCUUUUGGUGAAAAACCAAAAUGUUUUGAGUGUCAAGGAUAUGGUCAUCUUGCUGCUGAUUGUGCAAACAAAAAAUUUAAGUCUCAAUCAAAUAGAGCUUUUAAAACCUCUUGGAGUGAUAGUGAAUCGGAAACUCAGUCCGACCAUGAAGAGGAGAAUGUUGCUCUUGUUGCUACCACCCAAAAUGAGUCCUCAAAUGAAUCUGAUGAUGAUGAGCACUCUGAGGAGGUAGCCACUAACAAGUUCCAGCAGCUGUACAAAGCCUCAAAAAUAAUGAUUGGAAAGACUGAGGAAUUGAAGGAUCAACUUGCUUCUUGUGAAAAAGAAAAAACUGGGAUAGCAGAGAAGUUGCAAUCCUGCAAGAAGAAGUGGGAAUUUGAAAGAAAUGCCUUGGUAAGUCAAGUGGAGACUCUGCAAGAGAACUUGAAUGCUCAAAUCAGGUUAGUCAAUUCUCUAACUUCUGAAAAAAUCUCUCUUGAAAAAUCUUUACGUGAUUCUCAAGAAAAGUUUUCAAAAUUUUCUAUUGGAUCUGAUAAAGUUUCCAAAAUGAUUGGAAUGGGCAAAGUUGAUAGGGAUAAAAAGGGUAUUGGUUUUCAUUCUGGAGAAAGCUCCUCAGAAAGGCCAACUAUUUUUGUGAAAAGUAAAUUGUUGCCUAAAGGAAGUGUCCCUAAGUCAUCCAAAAGAUUCAUUCCCAUUUGUCACCAUUGUGGUAUCUCUGGACACAUUAGACCAAGGUGUCAUAAACUCAGAAAUGGUCCUCAAAAGUCUACAAAGUCUCAUGAAAACUCUUUGUUUCUUUCUUUACAGUCAACUUUGGAAAAAUCUUUGAAAGAAUUUGGAAGGAUUGCUAAACUUGUUGCAAUUCUGAGAAAAGAAAAAGUUGUUUGGGCAAAGAAAAAUAAGUCAUUUCAUCCACUUACCUCUGUUGAUUUUAAGCCCUUUGACAUUUGUGGAACUGAUUUUGAACCUUCUUAA